AUGUACGGAAAGAGUCUUCAGUGGCUGUGUUUUAAUCAAUUGUUCCGAUCACCUCCAUCCAUUGUAACCAGGACCCUCUAUCAAAACCGAAAUCAGUAUCCAUUCUCUCCAAGAUACUAUCGCCAGAUGAGCUCCAAACCCAAGACAGGCGUACCACACCAAGUACGCACAGCAGCAGAACCGCGCCAGAAUAGACUAUAUACAGUGCGAUUAACGCAUAUCGACGAGCUCAACCCGACUGUCCGUCUGCUCCAACUAACAAUCCCGCCCAAUGUACAGAGUCUCGAAAACGACACUCAAGAUGGCGAUGAAGACAAGACCCCCCAACCACUAACCUUCCUCCCCGGCCAAUGGCUAGACGUCCAUAUCCCAACCAUCCCCAAUGCCGGCGGCUUCAGCAUCACUUCCACACCAGCAGAUGCAAACGUCCUGCCGAUUCCCGAGCAACCUCCGAAAGAGCACUUUGAUUCUGUCGCGGAACCGGGUCUCCCCCCUGUCGAUUCUGCGGGGAGACCACCCUACGUCGAGUUAGCUGUGCAGAAGGCGCUGUCGAAUCCGGCAAGCGCAUGGCUUUGGAAACCCAAGGAUGAGAUCUUGGGGGCGGAACUGGGGAUCCGUGUUGGAGGGGGUUUCGUCUGGCCGCCGUCGGGGAUUGAUUUGAAUGAUGUCCGGAAUGUGGGUUUGAUUGCCGGGGGUGUAGGCAUCAACCCCCUCAUCUCCAUUCUCUCCCACCUAAAUAACAACGAAUCCAACACCGUCUUACCCAAUCCAACAAACAUACAAAUCCUCUACUCCACCCGCCUCCCCAAACCCACCCCAUCGUCGACCGAAGCAACCCUCGACCAAAUCCUUUUCCUCACCCGCCUCCGCCAAAUCACCCAGUCGCAAUGCCAAUCCCAUCGUCUGCGCAUAGGGCUUGAUCUCUUCAUUACGGAUCUGCCAGAGGACUCGCCGCUAAGGACAGCUCCGCCUGUUGAUAUUUCUAUUCAUGCGCGGAGAAUCAGUCGUGAGGACCUCAGUGUGGCUGUUAGGGGAGCGGAUGCGAGUAUCAAGCCGGAGGAAACGGUGUGUUAUUUGUGUGGGCCACCGGAGAUGACGGAUGAGUUCGUUGGUGUGCUUCGAGGGUUGCUUGGAGAUGGACAGGAGAGAAUUCUCUUCGAGAAGUGGUGGUGA